GUAGCCAUUCUCUUCCACGUUUGGCGCCCGACGGACGAAGCAAAUUAAACCGACUUUUUUUUCAUUUUAUUGAUACAAUAAUUUAGAUUUCAUUAUGGUAGCAGAUAAAGUUGAUAUGUCUUUAGACGACAUUAUUUCAAGUAAUAAAAGGGGUAGAGGUAGAGGAGGACGUGGUGGUGGAAGAGGUCGUGGAAGUGGAAGGAGUAGAGGUUUUUCAAAUAACCGCCGUGGUGGUCGUGGUGCCGGAGGCCCAAUUCGACGUGAUAGCAAUCGUGGAGGAAACCGAAGUGCACCAUACACUCGUCCCAGAAAUGUUCCUGACAAGUGGGAACAUGACAUGUAUGAUGGUGCAGGCAGCCGCGCUAGUGGUGGUAGACGAUCUGAAGGACUUACAACUGGAGCUCAUCUACAAAUUUCAAAUCUCGAUUUUGGUGUAACAGAAUCUGAUAUAAAGGAACUAUUCAGCGAAUUUGGUAAGUUGAAAAAGGCAACAAUCAAUUAUGAUGAAUCUGGAAGAUCCCACGGUACAGCAGAUGUUGUUUUUGAACGUAAACCUGAUGCCCUAAAGGCCUUCAAUACAUACAAUGGAGUGCCUUUAGAUGGAAGGGCUAUGAAAAUUGAGAUGGUCACUGCUGCAGUGACAUCACUGAACUCCACAAUGAGUUCUGGAAGGAGAGGAUCAUCACGUGGUUUCAGCAGCAACCGUUCUGGUGGUUUAAGAUCGGGUGGUAAUUUCCAAAGUUCAAGAGGGCGAAGUAGUCGUGGUGGACAACGUGGAAGGGGAGGAAGAGGUCGCGGACGAGGUCGUGAUCGACGUCAACCUCCUUCCAAAGAAGAUCUUGAUAAGGAAUUAGACAGUUACAUUGAACAUAACGAUUAAACCUGCUAAGUCAAAGAGAAGAUUGUAAAUAUGCACACAGCUUGGCUGUUAAAUCUGUGUAACAUCAAAUUGUUAAUGUAUGAAAGCCGCGAUGGUGAAGAAUAUAAUGAACUUGUUUGUGGCACAUCUUUUAUUUUUAACUGAAUGUUAAAUUUUAUUUUGUUUGCGACGUCAGCAUUUUAUUGAGCUUUUACGAAAACGAAUUGUAUUUUUUAUACUGUGUUCAAGAAAAUACGAGCUUUUAUUUAA